UAGCCAAAUAUCACAAUUUUUCUUCGGUCUCAGAAUAUUUUUUACUUCCACAGCGAACGAGAGAGAAAGAGAAAGAAAGAAGAGAAAAAGCUUCUCUCUUUGUUUGUGCUCUGUGAAAACCCAAAAUCGAAUUCUCAUCGUAAUCAUAAAGUCUCUGUCUUUAACCAAUUUAAAGUCUCUCUUGAUUCUACCAUUUUCAUUAUUCACAUUUUUUCCUAACCCCAGAUUGAUAAAAAAAAGAGAGUAUUUUUCCUUUUAAAAGGAUUUUGAAAGGUCCUAGCUUUCCUUGGGAUCUAUCAAAGUUUCUUGAAGAUAAUGCUUUCGGGUUUAUACAGGUCGAUGUGACAGAGCUUUAGCUUGAGUUUUCUUUGUUUCUUAGAGAUUAUUAGCUCAAGACUGAUAAAAGAACAACACUAACAAUGAUCCAGUGAGGACUUGAUUCUGGUGCAAAUUGAUUGAUCAUACCACCAUGGGGAAACAUCUCUGACUUUUCAAAUGGAUCCCCAAGCUUUUAUCCGUCUUUCAGUUGGCUCACUUGCCUUAAGAAGUCCCAAGUAUCUCCUAAACCCUGCUUCAACCUCUGAUGAGAAGAAGAACUCUUGUUCCCAAUGCUCUUGCGAGAUAAAACUCAGAGGCUUCCCCGUUCAGACCACAUCCAUCCCUCUGAUGCCUUCCUUAGACGCAGCUCCUGACCAUCACAGCGUCUCCACAAGCUUUUACCUAGAAGAGUCUGAUUUAAGAGCUCUCCUGACCCCUGGAUGCUUCUAUAACCCCAACGCUCACUUGGAAAUUUCGGUUUUCACCGGUAAAAAGAGUUCUUCUCACUGCGGAGUUGGUGCUAAAAGACAGCAGAUUGGGGUGUUUAAGCUGGAGGUGGGUCCUGAAUGGGGAGAAGGAAAGCCAGUGAUUCUGUUUAAUGGAUGGAUAGGUAUUGGAAAGAACAAGAGAGAUGGUGGUGCACAGCUUCAUCUGAGAGUGAAGCUUGAUCCUGAUCCUAGAUAUGUUUUCCAGUUCGAGGAUGUUACUACUUUGAGCCCUCAGAUAGUUCAGCUUCGUGGCUCGGUCAAGCAACCUAUCUUCAGCUGCAAGUUUAGCCGAGACAGGGUGUCACAGGUGGAUCCGUUGAACGGAUACUGGUCAAGUUCAGGGGAUGGAACCGAGCUUGGGAGUGAGAGACGCGAGAGAAAAGGCUGGAAGGUGAAGAUACAUGAUCUCUCUGGCUCUGCUGUUGCUGCAGCUUUCAUAACAACUCCUUUUGUCCCAUCCACUGGCUGUGAUUGGGUGGCCAAGUCCAACCCUGGUGCUUGGCAUGUGGUCAGGCCUGACCCAUGCCGACCAAACAGCUGGCAGCCAUGGGGAAAGCUAGAAGCUUGGCGGGAACGCGGGAUCAGAGACUCUGUCUGCUGCAGGUUCCAUAUCCUUUCAAACGGGCAAGAAGUUGGAGAUGUUUUAAUGUCAGAGAUUCUCAUCAGCGCUGAGAAGGGCGGGGAGUUUUUGAUCGACACGGACAAACAGAUGCUGACCGUUGCAGCUACGCCGAUCCCAAGCCCGCAGAGCAGCGGAGACUACUCGGGUUUAGGACAGUGUGUCUCUGGAGGAGGGUUUGUGAUGAGCUCGAGAGUGCAAGGGGAAGGGAAAAGCAGCAAGCCAGUUGUGCAGUUGGCUAUGAGGCAUGUGACUUGUGUGGAAGAUGCAGCUAUCUUCAUGGCGCUUGCUGCUGCUGUUGAUCUUAGCAUUCUGGCUUGUAAACCUUUCAGGAGGACUAGCCGGAGAAGGUUCCGCCAUUACUCAUGGUGAUCAAAUGAACACUCUCUUUCUUUUCUUAUUUGUACAGUUUUUGAAUUGGACUCAAAGUCAUUGUAUUAGGAAGAAACUGGUUUAAGAUUAAUAAGUUUAACUCAUCUCAGAA